AUGAACGUGUCCCCCCCGGACCGCAGGAAAAACAUGCGGGAGCUGGCUCUGGAGAUCGGGAUCCGAGUUCUGCUGUUCGGAGUUUUUGUGUGAGUACGAAAUCCUGAACCUGCUGAGCUGUGUGAGGGGUCUCUGUGGGGUCCGGUCUGGGUUUUCGGGUCUUGGUGAUCCCCUGCAGUCAGACAUAGAGGUCUCUGACAGAUCUGAGGCUCCGGGUCCUGAUGGGACCUCGUUGGUUUGGCGCAGUUCUGCAGAUGAAGCGGACUGAGCGCGUUAACAGGUUGUAGAAACAAGUUGGAUAAAAUCAUGAAUGCAUGAUGAAUGAGGGGACCAGUACGGACCAGAGUCCCGGCUGUAACCUCCAUCCUCCCCCCUGACUCGGUGACAGGGUGGAGGGUAAACCCAGCCGUGGUUCUGGUGUCGGAUCAGGUGAUUUAGGACGGGUUUGUCCCCCUUUACAGCCUGAUUCUGUGUUUUUGGUUGAGAUGAUGUGAAGCCUCAGGUGCUGUAGCUCGUGUUCAGAGUCUGUACCUGCGCAGUCUGUGUGCGUGAGCAUCUAUGUGUCUGCUGUCUAUGCUGUGGCUCUGAAGGAGGUUUCUGCAACAAUUCAUCAUGACAGAGAUAAUCAGCAGGUUGGUGUUUCUGUGUCAAUCAGGUGUCAAAAGUUCAGGACAGACAUGAUAAAAUAAAAUACAAUUUAAAAGCCACAAUAAAGAAGAAGAAGAAGAAGAAGAAGAAGAAGAAGAAGAAGAAGAGCAAAGGUUCAAUAACGGAGGAGGAGGAGGAGCGACUGAGUUUGGAGAGCAGCGACUAAAGAAGCAGCAGAGAUCCAGUCUGAGGGGAUUUAAAGCUCCUGUGAGGAUGUUUUUUCUGUCUUUUGAAAAAGUGUUUUAUGAUCAACUGGAGAAAAACCAGCUUUAGUCGACGUUCUCUCUGCAGGUUCUGACGCACUAUUCGGAUUUUUGUUCAGUCCGAUCUUUUUGUGCGGUCGUUCACGUUACAACAACGAAUGCGUCCGUGAAGUGACCCGCACAAACCACAAACUGCUUUCCUGUUCUUGUUGUCGAACGAUGGUUAAAAAAUCUGAAUUGACCUGCAGUCUGAACGAAGUAACGAGAUUUAUCGAUUUGGUUUGAGAGCGAAGGUUUCAGCAGCUGAAGGAAAAAUAUCAAAGUUUUUAGGAUUUUAACUGAAAAACGUCGAAAUUAAAAACACGUGACGGUCAGCGGUACCAGCGUGGCGUGGAAAAAGACGGCUCUGGGGUAGGGCGGGGCAACAGAGCCUCAAUGGGGCCCUCAGCAAAAUGUGAUUUUGGGGCCCUCUAUUUCUGCCAAUAUAUUGAUUGUUGAUCAUUUACACACCUGCUAAAGUAGAGACAUUUCUUUACACAUUUAAGGAGGUGGAAGUAACAUAAAUAACCAAUAAUACCAGUGGAUGACUGAUCAAUGACUGAUCAAUGACUGAUCAAUGACUGAUCAAUGACUGAUCAAUGAUGUUCAGGGUGACACAAGAGCAGCCUGGGCUUCACAACAUUAUAAAGUCUUUACUGUGUCAGCGGCAGUAAGAAUCAGCAGCAGCAGCAGCACUAAAUAUUUUUACUUUAUUUUUACAAUAAUAUAUUUAUCUUCAGACAGAAAGCGUCACUCAUACAUGCAAAAAAAAAUCAUUUUUGAUUGUCUUUGAGGGCCCCCUGCUGGCCAUGGGGCCCUCAGCAGGCGCUUAGUGGGCUCAUGCCUCGGGCCGCCUCUGCUGGGCGAUAUGUGAAAAAGUUUAUCAUGAUAUAUUAUUGAUCAAUAUCAGCUGAUAUCGAUCAAUAUCAGGAUAUAAAACUCUAACAGUGUUUCUUGGUCUCAUGUCUUUUCCAACACAAUAAUCUCCUGCAUCUGUGAGGUCUUUGUGUCUCUUUGGCGUUUUGUCGUAAGGCGUCGCUCUAGAGAAAGCCGACUGAAUGGUCGUCUGUUUCAGGCGCCAUGGGCUCCUCGCUCCUCUCGGGGUUUGUAACCUUUUGCGUUGCGCGUGCUCUGCGGCGUGGCGCUGCUUCAGGUGGUGAAAAAGAUUUGAGGUAUUCCCCGACUUUGUGAGAACAUGUACUCGACAUAAUUUACAGUCCACAUUACUCUGCUUCAUGUCCGACCUCCAAAAACCAAAAUACCUCCACACCACCGACGUUUUCCUAACGCCAGUGUUGUGGUUGACAUUGAUGUGGUCAUCUGUUGAGCCUUCAUGGUCAUUUCUGUCGGGGGUAGCACUCAUUUUCUUUGUUUCUCACCAACAGUGCUGUCGGCUUCACCUGUUAAAGUGCUAUGGUUGGGUGGAGCUGCUGUCUGCUACGACGCUGCAGUUGGUUGAUACUUGGUUCUAAUUCAGAACAUGAUUGGUUCAGACCCGGAGACACGCCCCUUUUUAUUAGUCGACCAAAACAUGUCAGAAUGACGACUAUUGAAAAGGAUAUUGAUCAUGUUUGAUAUCGAUAUUGAGGGAAAUUAAUUCUGGAUAUUUA